GACGGUGAGGAGGCGCCGCAUGGCGCGGCGCGGCGGCGGCGGCGCCGGGCGCGGUGCCAGAGAACGGGUGCGGUGCCUCGUUUACGCUGCGCGUGCGUGCGGGCGCUUAGAUCGGUUAGGCUGCCCAAUAUCUGCCCAGUUUGCGCUGUGCUGGGAGCUGCCCAACAGCGGCCAACAGCGCUCAAUUACCGCUCAUUCGGCGCCACCGCUGCCCGGGGCAGCCAACACAGCUCGGCAGGCGCAUUACAAACGCCCACGGACCGCCGCCGCCGCGCGCCCGGGCCAUGAAAGGACGCCCCAGCACCAUGCCCACGACACAGCACCGGCACCGAUAAAAGCACCAUGAACGAGCGCCAGCGCCGGGCCCAGGCGGCCCUCGCCGCGGACCUCGACAACGAGCCCGAGUCCAUGACGGAAGCUGCGCAAAAAAUUUACGCCGAGCGCCGGCGCAAGGAAGAAAGGGCCAAACGGAAAGCCGAGGAGAAGAAGCAGAGGAUAUAUAGGACGCUGAUGCGGAAGGCCGGCAUCACGUCGCGCAAGAAGCAUCUCGAUCACAUCAAAGAUUCUACGGCGUCGGAUCGGAUGCCGCACGGCGCGGUCUCGGACGACAUCUACCAAAAUCUCAUAAAAGCGCGAAAGUUCGACCAGUACAAUCGACCGACCAAAGAAGUCAUGUCGAAGGAGGAGAUGAAGCUCAAGGAGGUGAAGGAUUCAUUAGGGGCGUUAGCCGCUCAAUUGUCGCCCGACAAGGAAGGGGCUAAAGGGAAGACGUUCAAACCCUUGGUGACGCCGAAGUGGGUCAUUGGAUAUAAGAAGGAGGAGCACGGGCCGCCCGGCUUAGCGCCACCGCGAAACAAUGUCCUGAACAGCGAAGGCAACGAGCAUCACUACAGUUAUGAUGGCCUGUGGAAGGACGGCAAGCCUCAUGGGGGAGGUAGAUACAAGUUUGCGGACGGGUGCUUGUAUGUCGGUGUCUUCAAGGACGGUAAACCUCACGGCGAGGGCAAGGCGCAGUACCCCGGCGGUACGGUAUACCGGGGCCACUGGCGCUUCGGCAAGCCCGACGGCGAGGGCAAGAUGACCUACCAUACGGGCCAGAUAUAUGACGGCCAGUGGAAGGAGGGGAAGAGGCACGGCGAGGGUACGCUCAUCCAACCGUCGGGUGUUACUUAUGUCGGGGACUGGUACCGAGGGAAAUAUCACGGGCGAGGCGAACUCACAUCACCGACUACUGGAUAUAGUUUCAUCGGUAGAUUCAGUGCAGGCAAGAUCAACGGCUCGGGAGCACUAGUAUACCCCGACGGCACGCGCGACACGCGCGACUGGAACCAGAACAACGGCAUGACCUUCAAGGAAUGUAUUGAGUUUGCUUUGGCCGAGAAGGCGAAGGAUGCUGCGAGACGCACGCAGGACCGCGACGCGGCCUUUGCUGUCAGACUCGCGGUGAAGCUCAACACGUAUGUCGAGAGCGUCAAGGAGACCAUCGCUUUGAAACGGGAGGAGGCAGCUUUGGAGGCCGAGCGCAUUCGCCGAGAGAAGCUCGCCGAGCAGAAGAAACGCCAGGAGGAGAUGCGGGAGAAGGCGUUGAUGCUUUUGGCGAAGUCGGCCGACGACGACGCCGAGGACAUCGUCACGACCAAGAAGGACGCGACGGACGAGAUCUAGGGUCGCGUCGACGGCGUCCGCCCGCGCGCCGACGACGCGUCCGGAAUACUAGUAAAACAUGUGUUA